AGAUGAUCGAGUUUCAAAACAAAAUAGUCUGCGAUUUUGAGAAGCGAUUUCCCAGGAUGUAUGUGUGUUUUAGGGGCCAUCUGUACCUUGGAAGCAUACAAUGGAAGGAUGAUGGAAUAUACGAAGCUGUUGCAGGAAGUGACUUUGUCAUUACUAGAGUUGCAUUUCGAGACAACUCUUCAAAGUACUACAUAAAUGACCGUGGAAGUAAUUUUACAGAGGUCACUAAGAAAUUGAAAGGAAAAGGAGUGGACUUGGACAACAAUCGGUUUUUGAUUCUUUAGGUGGGUGAUGGCUGAAAAAGGCCUAUUUACUUGUGAAAAAAAUAUCACACCGUCAAAAUAUGUCUCCUCUUU